AUGCAUCGACCUGGUCCUUCAUCAGCUGGCAGUAGCGGCGUCAUCAAGGCCAUUCUUUAUCCCGGGGAAUGGCUCGCUGCAAGAUACGUUGCAGGCGAUUACAGGCCAUCCUUUGUCGCCGAGUUCGACGGCAAUACCAAUCCGUAUGUCCGACAAUACGUAUUCCACCUCGAGGAUGACGUGCCGUUGGACCAAUUGCAGCGGGCGUGGGACGAUACAAUCCGUGCAAACCCUGUCCUGCGCACGCGCAUCUGUAAUGUCCAGGGCACACGGGGAUACAUGCAAACGGUGGUGAGCGAAGUGCCCAUUUUGGGGCAUUUUGUUUGGACCGCCCACCACGCGUUGUGUGACGGUUCCUCCAUCCCCGAGGUGUUGGAGGAGGUGGCUAUGCGAUUCCAGGGAAAGCCUGCCUCCAUCAAGCCACGGACCCCGUUCGGAACGUUCAUCCAGCUGAUUACUGGGUUGGAUGUUGAGCAAGAGCAACGACAGCUGUACAUCCAUCUGCAACUAUCGAGCAUUCGCUGCGCCUCACCCAGGAACCAGCGCCCCACGGAGUAUCCAAGGCUACUGCUCCUGCGUGCCGCUUGGGCAAUCCUCCUCGCUCAUUACACCGGCACGCAGGUUAUUGUCUUUGGAGCGAUCAACAACGGGCGAGCAGCUCCAGUGUCUGGGGUGAGUCGGAUGACCGGUCCCACGAUCAAACUGGUGCCUAUUGCCCUUCGUGUAGACCCCGAGCAGUCUGUGGCGGCUUUCUUGUCCAGCGUCUGGGCUCUCUCUGCGGAAAUGAUACCGUUUGAGCACAUGGGUAUGUCGAAGAUCCGGCAGUCUCUCGCCCACAGGAUGUCUUCUCGCUUUGGAUCCAACUCUGGCCAGCGGUCUUUGCAUUGUUGA